GUCAGCGUUUCUUUUCUCUCAGUGGAGUCAGAAAACAGUCAGAGAGAGUGCACAGGAAGUGGCAGCUCUCUGACUAAAAUCGAAGAACAUGACCUUUUAAAUUGUGUUUUUAUUUAUUUGGCUUUUUUUUGCGCUUUCGUGCAAGCGGGGCAGUUCUGUGUGUCGGCGUGAUGAACCGCUCUAAAGCAUAAGAGCAGAGUUUCUCCUCUCCGGAACAGAGAAGAUAAAAGAAGAUCGAGAGAGAGGUUUAUAUGGAUGGGGCCCCGUCGAGUACUUGCAUGCUAACCUAACCUAGCCAGUCAGCUAACAAACACGCUACGCUAGCUAAAGCUUCCUCUCAGGCUAAUCCCGUCUGCCUCCGGCUAGCUUUAACUCUUUUAUCGGCUCCAGUUUAAAUUCGGAUUGGAUUUUAUCUUAUCAGUUUUAUCCGCUGUGAAAGUGUAAAAAUGGAAAUCGACACAGUUGUGAGUGACUUUAGCCCUGUCAGUGAUGAUCUGUGCACUGAGCCCAACUCGAUCCCCAGGCUCUCCAGGCCGUCUUUCCCCGAGCUCCGGACUAAGGGCUCCCCCUGCAUCAAAAACCUUUUCUCCCCCGGACCCGCUGCUGUGCUUUCCCCCGUCACAAACCUGGCUCUCAACAUGGACAACCUCGCUGUUCUUGGAGGGCAAUGCGAGACGCCUAAACGGAGGAAACCCAUCAUAAAGAUUCCUUCAUUCGCCUCCGACACUUCAUCUGAUGCAGGUCUUGGUAUGGACUCUCCAAGCCCCGUGGACCCAGUGGAUGCAGAGCAAAAGUUUGAAAUGGCCAUACAGAAUGCAACCAGAGUGAUCAAUGAAAAAAUGCCCAUUCGUAGGAUAAACUCUCUACCACUGCAGUUAUUGGGUCACAGUCCAAAUCUGAAGUGUAAAGAUUCUGAUCUGCCGAGGUAUGGAGUCUUCAGUCAGACAUCCAGCCUGGCUGACAAAGAGAACCUGCAUGAGAAUUUUGAAUUUAAGAAGCCCACCCUGCCUGUAUCCCGCUGUCGACUGCGUUCAACUGGGGAAGGAAAGGAAGCUUUCGCUAGCCGUCCCAACUCUGCACCUGCUUUAAUGCUUUCCCCUCCCUCAUUCAGUCCACUAGCUUCACCUGAUGGCAACAGUCCCUUUGUACUGCGUCGUGUAUCACUCCCUGGCUUUCAUGAUGAUGAUGACGACGAUGGCUUCCUGGAGGUACUUGAUGACGUAGAGACGGACUCUGAAGUGCCUACAGGAAUGGCCAGUCUGCUCACAGCUCCUCUUGUGGCAGAUCAAAGCAUGGACAGUACAUCCAAUUCGCCUGUUAGGUGCCGGCCACGAGGGUUGUUCCGCUCUCCCUCCAUGCCAGUAGGUGGGCGUGCCGCACUCAAGAGGCCUGAUAGGCCCAGAGACGAGAACACACCUGUCCGUGUGAAGAGGAGGCGGAGUGUGGCAGGGUCAAAUGUUUCGCCUACAGAGCAGGAUGAUUCCCACCCUCAACAGGUACAGCGCUCAAAAUCGUUUAAUCACUCUGAGAUCGAGAGACUGUUGGACACUGACCCCAAUAAUGUGAUUGGAGAUUUUACCAAAGCCCCUGCUCUCCCCACAGUGUCUGGAAAACAUCAAGACUUAAAAUACAUCACUCCAGAAGUUAUGGUUGCAGCAAUGAGUGGCCAAUUCAGCGAUGUGGUGGAAAGACUGUUCGUCAUUGACUGCCGCUAUCCGUACGAGUUUGAGGGAGGACAUAUCAAGGGAGCACUAAACCUGCAUCUGGAGGAGCAAAUUGAGGAUCGCUUCUUCAGCCAGCCCUUCCUUCCACAAAGCCCAGACAAACGCGUGUUGCUGGUGUUCCACUGUGAGUUUUCAUCAGAGCGUGGCCCACGAAUGUGUCGUUUUGUUCGCGAGAGAGAUCGUGAUCUGAAUGAAUAUCCCAACCUCCAUUACCCUGAACUCUACGUACUAAAAGGAGGUUACAAGGACUUCUUUCCCCUGCACAAGAGAGAAUGUGAGCCUCAAGACUACAGGCCCAUGGUUCACGAGGACUACAAGGAUGACCUGAGGAAGUUUCGUCUGAAGAGCCGCACGUGGGCAGGAGAACGCAGCAAGAGAGACAUGUACAUUCGUCUCAAAAAGCUUUGAGGCAUAUAUGGACAUACACUCAGGUUUACCAUCGAACUCCCACACACACUGCCUUCACACAUGAUCAGCCUGUAGCGGUCAUCUUCAGGAUUGACAGUAUUGCUAAGUUAGGUGCUGCGUAACGUUUACUGCCAUAACUCAACCACACACUGCCUCCCUGCUGCCCUCACUCCAAAACGAACAUCACUGCCAUAGUUUCUUAUUUUCUUUCUGCCCCUGUUCCAUUUUAAACAUACUAAAUGAUUGCGUGUGAAAUUGAAGACCCAAAAGCACUUACCUUGUUAUUUUGGAGUGCUUGAAAUUGCUUUUAUUUCCCUGCUUUUUCUUUCGUGAUUUGCCACCCUGCCCAUUUAGGGAUUGAGCCAUAUGCUUUAUUAUUAUUAUUAUUAUUAUUAUUAUUAUUAUUAUUAUUAUUAUUAUUAUUAUUAUUAUUAUUUGCACAGCUAGCCACUGUUUAAUUGCCCUUCUUAUGAAUUAUGUAAAAAACCCUAAUGUAUAACUUAAUAUAGAUAGUUUUAAAGAGAGGAUUUUACUGUUUUUUUGGUAAAGCUUUUAAACAUUUCAGAGUAUGUACAAAGACCUGAUUGAAGAGUAAUGGUGAAAGUUGGCUGCUUUGCACUACUAUAUUUGGUCUUCAGUCUCCUGUCUGGGAUGAGAUUUUAGGUUUUCUGAUCCCCAUAUUUUGAGAUUUUCAUUAAGAAGUGUGGGGCUGUUUGUAUAUGGCUUAAUUCACUCAGGCCUGGCUGAUUUCUGCUGGUCAGCUGGAGAGAGGACCUCUAAUCACCAAAGUGUUCAGCAAUAAAACCUGCCAUUUCAUUAGGACUUUGAUUUUAUUUUUAUAUAUUUUUUUCACAUUACAUAAUGUGAUGUCCCCCACUUCUUAAAUCCUAAUUGUGUGUGUGUGUGUAAUCUGCUGUAUUGAAUCUUUGAACAUUUUUUUGGCCAUGUUUGAGUCAGUGUGUAUGUGAGAUUUGGCUGUGUUGCUGCAGCUCGGCGAAUAAAUGACUA